AUGUCUCUAGAUCUCCCAGGUUUCAUGCUCAUCUGCCCCGCGGUCGUCAUGUUUCUUUUGGGACUCCAAUUUGGUGGUAACCGAUACCCUUGGAACAGCUCGGUUGUGAUUGGCUUGCUGGUUGGCGCUGCCGUCACUUUCGCUCUUUUCCUGGUCUGGGAGUAUCGCCAGGGAGACAAUGCCAUGAUGCCAUUUGCAAUGCUUAAACACAAAAUCAUCUGGUCAGCGGCAAUGACGAUGUUCUUCAGCCUUACCAGUGUUCUCGUCGCCGACUUCUACAUUGCGAUCUAUUUCCAGGCUAUCCACGAUGACUCUCCUUUAAUGAGUGGUGUGCAUAUGCUUCCAAUCACACUCGGCUUGGUCCUGUUUACCAUGGUUUCGGGUAUUCUAAGAGGCGCAAUUUCAGCUGUGGCCUACGGAUUCCUAUCAACACUCAGUUCCUCGACCUCGGCGGCAAAAUGGAUUGGGUAUCAGAUUCUGUACGGUGUUGCGGGCGGUUGCAUGGCGGCUGCUCCCUACAUCGCCAUACAAAACCUCGUGCCCGCAGAGCAGAUUUCUCUCGCUAUGUCUAUUGUCAUUUUCUGGCAAAAUAUUGGAGCGUCAACUUCUUUGAUUGCAGCAAACGCCAUAUUCAGCAAUACUCUUCGUCAUGAGCUCCAGCAGCACGUUACUGAAAUACGUCUCUCCCCAGAUAUUAUUGUUGAUGCUGGUGUACGAUCCAUUCGCAACCUGGUUUCCGGCUCUCAGCUGACUACAGUCCUUGCUGCCUACGCCAAGAGCGUCGAUCAUGUCAUGUAUCUCGGUAUCGCUGUCAGUGUAGCUGUCCUGGUCUUCGCUCCCGGCCUUGGAUGGAAGGACAUUCGGAAAGUGAAGGACCUUCAGGCCAUUACUAAGGAGUCUCCGGACAAACCUGGGAAAGAAUCGGCGAGACAGGAGGGAGGGGUGAGUGAAGCGUAA